CCCAGGCGUUGGGACUUCUCCGCUGAGGCGCGGCGAAGGCAACAGCUCCCCUUCGGUGGGUGUCUGGGCUUGGUGCGCCCGCUCCCUUCCCGCCCGCGCGCCUCUGCGCUCCCCCCGGCGCCAGAACCAUGCUGUGCUGCCUGUUGGUGAGGGCCAGCAACCUCCCUAGUGUGAAGAAGGACCGCAGCGACCCGGUCGCCAGCUUGACUUUCCGAGGGGUGAAGAAGAGAACCAAAGUCAUCAAGAACAACGUGAACCCUGUGUGGAAUGAGGGCUUUGAGUGGGACCUCAAGGGCAUCCCCCUGGACCAGAGCUCCGAGCUGCAUGUGGUGGUCAAAGACCAUGAGACGAUGGGGAGGAACAGGUUCCUGGGGGAAGCCAAGAUCCCACUCCGGGAGGUCCUCGCCACCCCCAGCCUGUCUGCCAGCUUCAAUGCCCCGCUGCUGGACACCAAGAAGCAGCCCACGGGGGCCUCACUGGUCCUGCAGGUGUCCUACACACCGCUCCCCGGAGCUGUGCCCCUCUUCCCACCUACCACUCCUCUGGACCCCUCCCCGACUCUGCCUGACCAGGAUAUGAUGGCUGGUGGGGGACAGAGCCGGGCAGAGACGUGGUCCCUGCUCAGUGACAGCACUGUGGACACAAGAUACUCGGGGAAGAAGUGGCUGGCCCCCACGGACACAGGAGGAGAGGAGGACACCGAGGACCAGGGCCUCACGGGAGAUGAGGCAGAGCCCUUCCUGGACCAGACCGGCCCCCCAGACCCGGGGGCUCCUUCCACGCCCAAGAAGCCAGCUUCCCACCCUCCCCCGUACCACCCGGGGAAUAAAAGGAAGAGAGGCGCCCCCGCUCCCCGGAAGGUGCUGUCGGACAAGCCGCAGGACUUCCAGAUCAGGGUCCAGGUGAUCGAGGGGCGCCAGCUGCCAGGGGUGAACAUCAAGCCUGUGGUCAAGGUCACUGCCGCUGGGCAGACCAGGCGGACGCGGAUCCACAAGGGAAACAGCCCCCUCUUCAAUGAGACUCUGUUCUUCAACGUGUUUGACUCUCCAGCGGAGCUGUUCGAUGAGCCCAUCUUCAUCACGGUGGUGGACUCCCGUUCCCGCAGGACUGACGCUCUCAUCGGGGAGUUCCGGAUAGAUGUGGGUGCCGUCUACAGAGAGCCCCGACACGCCUAUCUCAGGAAGUGGCUGCUGCUCUCGGACCCUGAUGAUUUCUCCGCUGGGGCCAGAGGCUACCUGAAAGCAAGCCUGUGUGUGCUGGGGCCUGGAAACGAAGCGCCUCUCGAGAGAAAGGACCCCUCGGAAGACAAGGAGGACAUCGAAGGCAACCUGCUCCGGCCGACCGGCGUGGCCCUCCGAGGGGCGCACUUCUGCCUGAAGAUCUUCAGGGCCGAGGACUUACCGCAGAUGGACGAUGCCGUGAUGGACAACGUGAAGCAGCUCUUCGGCUUUGACAGCAACAAGAAGAACUUGGUGGAUCCCUUCAUGGAGGUCAGCUUCGCAGGGAAAAUGCUCUGCAGCAAAAUCCUGGAGAAGACGGCCAACCCUCAGUGGAACCAGAGCAUCACGGUGCCUGCCAUGUUUCCCUCCAUGUGUGAGAAAAUGAGGAUUCGUAUCAUGGACUGGGACCGCCUUACCCACAAUGACAUCGUGGCCACCACCUACCUGAGUAUGUCGAAGAUCUCUGCCCCUGGCGGAGAAAUAGAAGAGGAGCCUGCAGGUGUGGCCAAGCCUCCUCCAGCCUCGGACAUGGACGACCAUCUGGGCUUCCUGCCCACCUUUGGGCCCUGCUACGUCAACCUCUACGGCAGUCCCCGGGAGUUCACCGGCUUCCCGGACCCUUAUGCAGAGCUCAACAUGGGCAAGGGGGAAGGUGUGGCCUACCGGGGCCGGGUGCUGCUGUCCCUGGAGACCAAGCUGGUGGAGCACUGCGAGCAGAAGGUGGAGGAUCUCCCCGCAGACGACAUUCUCCGGGUGGAGAAGUACCUCCGAAGGCGCAAGUAUUCCCUCUUCGCGGCCUUCUACUCAGCGUCCAUGCUGCAGGAUGUCGACGAUGCCAUUCAGUUCGAGGUCAGCAUCGGGAACUACGGCAACAAGUUCGAUAACACCUGCCUGCCGCUGGCCUCCACCACCCAGUACAGCCGGGCGGUCUUUGACGGCUGCCACUACUACUACCUCCCCUGGGGCAACGUGAAGCCCGUGGUGGUGCUGUCAUCUUACUGGGAGGACAUCAGCCACAGGAUCGAGGCGCAGAACCAGCUGCUCAGGAUCGCUGACCGGCUGGAAGCCGGCCUGGAGCAAGUCCACUUGGCCCUGAAGGUGCAGUGCUCCUCCGAGGACAUGGACGCCCUGGUGGCUCAGCUGAUGGAUGAGCUCAUCGCAGACUGCAGCCAGCCCCUGAGCAAUGUCCAAGAGAGGCCCUCUGCCACCUACCUGGACCAGUACCUGUACAAGCUGCGUACCCGUCACCUGAAUCAGAUCACCGAGGCAGCCUUGGACCUGAAGCUUGGCCACUAUGAGCUCUCUGCUAUCUUGGAGCAGGCUGAGGACUGGCUCCUGCGUCUCCGGACUCUGGCCGAUGAGCCCCAGAACAGCCUGCCCGACAUCGUGAUCUGGAUGCUGCAGGGAGACAAGCGGGUGGCGUACCAGCGGGUGCCCGUCCACGAGGUCCUCUUCUCCCGGCGGGGCGCCAACUACUGUGGCAAGAAUUGCGGGAAGCUGCAGACGAUCUUCCUGAAAUAUCCGAUGGAGGAUGUGCCCAGAGUCCGGAUGCCAGUGCAGAUACGGGUGAAGCUCUGGUUCGGGCUCUCUGUGGAUGAGAAGGAGUUCAACCAGUUUGCCGAGGGCAAGCUCUCCGUCUUUGCUGAGACUUAUGAGAACCAGACCAAGCUGGCCCUGGUCGGGAACUGGGGCACGACGGGCCUUACCUACCCCAAGUUUUCUGAUGUCACGGGCAAGAUCAAGCUACCCAAGGACAGCUUCCGCCCCUCGGCCGGCUGGGCCUGGGCUGGAGAUUGGUUCGUGUGUCCAGAGAAGACCCUGCUCUAUGACACUGAUGCGGGCCACCUGAGCUUCGUGGAGGAGGUGUUUGAGAACCAGACCCGGCUCCCUGGAGGCCAGUGGAUCUACAUGAGUGACAACUACACGGACGUGAAUGGAGAGAAGGUACUUCCCAAGGAGGACAUCGAGUGCCCACUCGGCUGGAAGUGGGAAGAUGAAGAGUGGUCCACCGACCUCAAUCGGGCCGUGGACGAGCAAGGCUGGGAGUACAGUAUCACCAUCCCCCCGGACCGGAAGCCGAGGCACUGGGUCCCUGCCGAGAAGAUGUACUACACCCAUCGGCGGCGGCGCUGGGUCCGCCUGCGCAGGAGGGACAUCAGCCAGAUGGAGGCGCUGAAGAAGCAUAGGCAGGCUGAGGCCGAGGGCGAGGGCUGGGAGUACGCCUCGCUCUUCGGCUGGAAGUUUCACCUGGAGUACCGCAAGACGGACGCUUUCCGCCGCCGCCGCUGGCGCCGCCGCAUGGAGCCGCUGGAGAAGACGGGGCCUGCAGCUGUGUUCGCCCUCGAGGGGGCCCUGGGCGGUGUGGUGGAUGACAGGAGUGAGGAUUCCCGGUCCGUCUCCACCUUGAGCUUUGGCGUGAACAGACCCACGAUUUCCUGCAUCUUCGACUACGGGAACCGCUACCAUCUGCGCUGCUACAUGUACCAGGCCCGGGACCUGCCUGCGAUGGACAAGGACUCUUUCUCUGAUCCCUACGCAAUCGUCUCCUUCCUGCACCAGAGCCAGAAGACGGUGGUGGCGAAGAACACCCUGAACCCCACCUGGGACCAGACGCUCAUCUUCUACGAGAUCGAGAUCUUCGGCGAGCCGGCCACCAUCGCCGAGCAGCCGCCCAGCAUCGUGGUGGAGCUGUACGACCAAGACACCUAUGGUGCAGACGAGUUUAUGGGACGCUGCAUCUGUCAGCCGAGUCUGGACCGGAUGCCCCGGCUGGCCUGGUUCCCCCUGACUCGGGGAAGCCAGCCGGCAGGUGAGCUGCUGGCCUCUUUUGAGCUCAUCCAGAGAGAGAAGCCGGCCAUCCACCACAUUCCUGGCUUUGAGGUACAGGAUGCAUCACGGAUCCUGGAAGAGCUGUGUGCACCUGCCUUCUUCCUCCAGGGCCUCCUCCAAACGUCGGAGGACACAGACCUGCCCUAUCCGCCACCCCAGAGGGAGGCCAACAUCUACAUGGUUCCCCAGAACAUCAAGCCAGUUCUCCAGCGGACCGCCAUCGAGAUCCUGGCAUGGGGCCUGCGGAACAUGAAGAGUUACCAGCUGGCCAAUGUCUCCUCCCCCAGCCUUGUGGUGGAGUGCGGGGGCCAGACGGUACAGUCCUGUGUCAUCCGGAACCUCCGGAAGAACCCCAACUUUGACAUCUGCACCCUCUUCAUGGAAGUGAUGCUGCCCAGGGAGGAGCUCUACUGUCCCCCCAUCGUGAUCAAGGUCAUUGAUAACCGCCAGUUUGGCCGCCGGCCUGUGGUCGGCCAGUGUACCAUCCGCUCUCUGGAGAGCUUCCUGUGUGACCCCUACUCAGGGGAGAGUGCAUCCCCACAGGGUGGCCCAGAUGAUGUGAGCUUACUCAGUCCUGGGGAAGAUGUGCUCAUUGACAUUGACGAUAAGGAGCCCCUCAUCCCCAUCCAGGAGGAGGAGUUCAUCGAUUGGUGGAGCAAAUUCUAUGCCUCGAUCGGGGAGAGGGAAAAGUGUGGCUCCUACUUGGAGAAGGACUUUGACACUCUAAAGGUCUAUGACACACAACUGGAGAAUGUGGAGGCCUUUGAGGGCCUGUCUGACUUUUGUAACACCUUCAAGCUCUACCGGGGCAAGACUCAGGAGGAAAUGGAGGACCCAUCUGUCAUUGGGGAAUUUAAGGGCCUUUUCAAAAUUUAUCCCCUCCCAGAAGACCCAUCCAUCCCCAUACCCCCAAGACAGUUCCACCAGCUGGCUGCCCAGGGGCCCCAGGAGUGCCUGGUCCGCAUCUAUAUUAUCCAAGCAUUUGGCCUGCAGCCCAAGGACCCCAAUGGGAAGUGUGAUCCUUACGUCAAGAUUUCCAUAGGGAAGAAAUCGGUGAGUGACCAGGAUAACUACAUCCCCUGUACGCUGGAGCCUGUGUUUGGAAAGAUGUUCGAGCUGACCUGCACCCUGCCUCUGGAGAAGGACCUGAAGAUCACUCUCUAUGACUACGACCUCCUCUCCAAGGACGAAAAGAUCGGGGAGACGGUCAUCGACCUGGAGAACAGGCUGCUGUCCAAGUUUGGGGCUCGUUGUGGGCUCCCACAGACCUACUGUGUCUCUGGACCGAACCAGUGGAGGGACCAGCUCCGCCCCUCCCAGCUCCUCCACCUGUUCUGCCAGCAGCACAGAGUCAAAGCCCCCGUGUACCAGGCAGACCGCGUGAUGUUUCAGGAUAAAGAAUACACCAUUGAAGAAAUAGAGGCUGGCAGGGUCCCGAACCCACACCUGGGCCCAGUGGAGGAGCGUCUGGCUUUGCACGUCCUCCAGCAGCAAGGCCUAGUCCCUGAGCAUGUGGAGUCUCGGCCCCUCUACAGCCCCCUCCAGCCAGACAUCGAGCAGGGGAAGCUGCAGAUGUGGAUUGACCUGUUUCCGAAGGCCCUGGGGCGGCCUGGACCUCCCUUCAACAUCACCCCACGGAGAGCCAAAAGGUUUUUCCUGCGUUGCAUUGUCUGGAACACCAAGGAUGUGAUCCUGGAUGACCUCAGCCUCACGGGGGAAAAGAUGAGCGACAUUUAUGUGAAAGGUUGGAUGGUUGGCUUUGAGGAACACAAGCAGAAGACGGACGUGCAUUAUCGGUCCCUGGGAGGCGAAGGCAGCUUUAACUGGAGGUUCGUGUUCCCCUUCGACUACCUGCCAGCUGAGCAAGUCUGCACCGUCACCAAGAAGGAUGCUUUCUGGAGGCUGGACAAGACUGAGAGCAAAAUCCCAGCGCGAGUGGUAUUCCAGAUCUGGGACAAUGACAAGUUCUCCUUUGACGACUUUCUGGGCUCCUUGCAGCUGGAUCUCAACCGCAUGCCCAAGCCCGCCAAGACGGCGGAGAAGUGCUCCCUGGACCUGCUGGAUGACACUUUCCACCCGGAGUGGUUCGUGUCCCUUUUUGAACAGAAAACAGUGAAGGGCUGGUGGCCCUGUGUGGCAGAGGAGGGUGAGAAGAAGAUCUUAGCGGGCAAACUGGAGAUGACCUUGGAGAUCGUAGCAGAGAGUGAGCAUGAGGAGCGACCUGCUGGCCAGGGCCGGGAUGAGCCCAACAUGAACCCCAAACUCGAGGACCCAAAGCGCCCUGACACCUCCUUCCUCUGGUUCACCUCCCCGUACAAGACGAUGAAGUUCAUCCUGUGGCGGCGGUUCCGGUGCACCAUCAUCCUCUUCAUCAUUCUCUUCAUCCUCCUGCUGUUCUUGGGCAUCUUCGUCUAUGCCUUCCCGAACUAUGCUGCCAUGAAGCUGGUGAAGCCCUUCAGCUGAGGACUGCCUGGCCCAGGACUGGCUGCUUCCUCUGCCCAGCUCAGCUGAGCUCCUCCAGACCUCCAGGCCAGACCGUCCUGCCAGGGUGGGCAGACAGACAGGUGGACUGGCACAUGCUCCAAGAGUUGGUAACAUCGAGCCCUGGGAUCACCCACUUUCAUCAUUUCUUCCUCCCCCAGUUCGACCCUUUUUGGAUCAGCCCAUGUGCAUUUCAGUAUAAAAUGGUUGGAACC